AUGGAUUAUCCACAAAUGCAAUUACCAAUAGAAAUCGUGGAAAAAAUAAUGUUUUAUAUGGAUUCAGCAACUUUAUUAAAUGCUUCGAAAACUUGUAAAACAUGGAAUCAAAUAUCGAAAAGAUUUUUGAGUGAUAAUAAUUGGUGGGAAAAAUCUUGUAAAAUAGAAUUCAAUCUAUAUGAAAUUUUAACAGUUAUCAACAACUUAACUACGGAAUUUGAUUGGAAUUUUAUUCGAAAUUGUAUUAUCCGUUGGGAUAAUAUUAAUCAAUGGAAAAUUCGUACGUCAAAACAUUUUCCAGUUGUUUCAAAUAAUGAAUUUGUAUCAUCAAGGAUAUUACUCGACAAAAAUGUUUUUGUCGUUAGGUUUUCGUAUGUAUAUUUUACGGAAACGGAAUUAUCUCAUUAUGAAUUAUGUACAAAUUCUAUAGUUUAUGCAAUAAACGAUCUAAUUAUCGAUUUAAGUGGGAGGAUCAUUGAUACUACAUAUGGGCGUUGUCAACUUAUGUACCCACCGUAUGAAAUACAUCGGAAUUGCGCUGCAAUAGAUUAUCGGGAAGAAAAAAUAAUAUUUUAUGCGUCGAGCUGUGUUUUCUGUUUAAAUUUAAAAUAUAUUCAAGAAGAAAUGAAAAAAGAAACACCACGAUUACUCCGAUCAAAAUUACUACAAUGUAUAGCGAAAAAUUACACGUCUGGAUUAAUUUUAGCCAUAUCGUAUUGGAAUUCACGAAUAUUGUUAUUAAAUAAUUAUGGUGUUCUAUUAACCGUCAAUGAGAAUAUUCUUAUAAAAAAGGAUACUUACGAUUUUUCUAAGUAUAAUGUGGAGCACGUUUUCUUAUAUUGUGAUAUUGUUUUUGUAAUUACAGCCGAAGGAAGUAUUGUCAUAUAUCAUUCCACAAAUCAUCGAGAAUAUCCAAAUGUUGGACAAAUUCUUUCAUCACAUCCGAAUCUAAUUUACUUACAUGGAAAUUUAUUAUUUCUCGGAUUAUGUAAUGGUAAUGUUUUAAUAUACCAUUGUAAGAAUAUAAUGGAUAUUAAUUUCGAAAACUACAAUCAUAAAAUAAAGACUGAACCAUGUUUGGUUCAUAUUGAAGUGAAAGAGAAAUAUGAAUAUUUACAUGUACUUCUAACGACAACCAAUUGUGUUUACGAAUUACAAAUUCAAGAUAAAGACCUUAGUCCUAACAUGUUGAAGUCCGAGGAGGAAGAAGAAGAAGAAGACGCGUGAUAUUAAAGCUCAUUCCCAAUUUUUUUUA